UUAAAAAAAAAAAUGCAUCCUCCAGAAACCACCACCAAGAUGGCUUCAGUUCGGUUUAUGGUGACACCAACAAAGAUCGAUGACAUUCCAGGUUUGUCAGACACCAGCCCGGACCUCAGCUCUCGUUCCAGUUCCCGUGUUCGGUUUAGCUCCCGGGAAAGUGUGCCUGAAACGAGCCGUAGUGAGCCGAUGAGUGAAAUGUCAGGGGCCACCACCUCACUGGCAACUAUAGCUGUGGAUCCAGCCAGUGACCGGACCUCCAAUCCCCGAGAUGUUACAGAAGACCCGAGUCAGAACUCCAUCACAGGAGAACACAGCCAGCUGCUAGAUGAUGGGCAUAAGAAAGCUCGAAAUGCUUAUCUCAACAACUCCAAUUUUGAAGAGGGGGAUGAAUAUUUUGACAGAAACCUGGCACUUUUUGAGGAAGAAAUGGACACUAGGCCAAAAGUGUCUUCACUGCUUAACCGAAUGGCUAAUUAUACUAAUUUGACACAAGGAGCAAAGGAGCACGAAGAAGCAGAGAACAUUACAGAAGGGAAAAAGAAGCCCACCAAGAGCCCCCAAAUGGGUACUUUCAUGGGUGUGUACCUCCCGUGUCUACAGAAUAUUUUUGGGGUGAUCCUCUUUCUGCGCCUCACAUGGGUGGUGGGCACAGCUGGAGUUCUCCAGGCCUUUGCCAUUGUCCUCAUCUGCUGCUGCUGUACAAUGCUCACUGCUAUCUCCAUGAGUGCCAUUGCCACCAAUGGUGUGGUGCCAGCUGGGGGCUCAUACUUCAUGAUUUCUCGAGCAUUAGGCCCAGAGUUUGGUGGAGCUGUGGGCCUCUGCUUCUACCUUGGUACCACUUUUGCAGCAGCCAUGUAUAUCCUUGGUGCCAUCGAGAUAUUCCUGAUCUACAUUUUUCCCCGAGCUGCCAUCUUCCGAAGUGAUGAUGCCCUUAAGGAAUCAGCAGCCAUGCUAAAUAACAUGCGUGUCUAUGGCACAGCCUUCUUGGUCCUUAUGGUGCUGGUAGUGUUUGUUGGCGUACGCUACGUGAACAAGUUUGCCUCACUCUUCUUGGCCUGCGUCAUUGUAUCUAUCUUGGCCAUUUAUGCUGGAGCCAUCAAAUCUUCCUUUGCCCCUCCGAAUUUCCCAGUUUGCAUGUUGGGCAACCGAACUCUUUCUUCAAGACACAUUGACAUUUGCUCAAAGACCAAGGAAAUGAACAACAUGACUGUCCCUUCAAAACUGUGGGGCUUCUUCUGCAACUCUAGCCACUAUUUCAAUGUCACCUGUGAUGAUUACUUUGAGCACAACAACGUCACAUCAAUCCAGGGCAUCCCUGGUUUGGCUAGUGGAAUCAUUGUUGAGAAUCUUUGGAGUAACUAUCUAACAAAGGGAGAGCUCAUUGAGAAGCCAUCAGCCAAAUCUUCUGAUUUCUUAGGCAACUUGAAUCAUGAAUAUGUGCUUGUUGACAUUACCACCUCUUUCACUCUCCUGGUUGGAAUCUUCUUUCCUUCUGUCACAGGUAUCAUGGCUGGAUCAAACCGGUCUGGAGAUUUGAAGGAUGCUCAGAAAUCCAUUCCCAUUGGUACCAUCCUUGCCAUCCUGACCACCUCUUUUGUUUAUUUAAGCAGUGUUGUCCUCUUUGGGGCUUGCAUUGAAGGGGUUGUUCUCCGGGAUAAGUUUGGAGAUGCAGUAAAAGGAAAUUUGGUAGUAGGUACUUUAUCUUGGCCAUCCCCAUGGGUCAUUGUUAUUGGUUCCUUUUUCUCAACCUGUGGGGCUGGACUGCAGAGUCUCACUGGUGCCCCAAGGUUGCUACAGGCUAUUGCCAAGGACAACAUCAUACCAUUCCUUCGGGUGUUUGGACACAGCAAAGCCAAUGGGGAGCCUACCUGGGCCUUACUCCUUACUGCUGUCAUUGCAGAACUAGGGAUCCUCAUUGCUUCCCUGGAUCUCGUGGCCCCAAUCCUUUCCAUGUUCUUCUUGAUGUGUUACCUCUUCGUGAACCUGGCAUGUGCCUUGCAGACUCUGCUUCGAACACCCAAUUGGAGACCCCGGUUCCGCUACUAUCACUGGGCACUCUCCUUCAUGGGCAUGAGCAUUUGUGUGGCCCUGAUGUUCAUUUCAUCCUGGUAUUAUGCCAUUGUGGCCAUGGUGAUAGCUGGUAUGAUCUACAAGUACAUUGAGUACCAAGGGGCUGAGAAAGAGUGGGGUGAUGGGAUCCGGGGACUGUCCCUAAGUGCAGCCCGUUUUGCCCUGCUACGGCUAGAGGAAGGACCACCACACACAAAGAAUUGGAGGCCUCAGUUGCUGGUGAUGCUGAAACUAGAUGAAGACUUACAUGUUAAGCAUCCUCGCCUCCUAACUUUCGCCUCACAGCUCAAAGCUGGCAAAGGUCUCACCAUUGUGGGCUCUGUUCUUGUGGGAAACUUCCUAGAGAACUAUGGUGAGGCAUUAGCUGCUGAGCAGACCAUCAAACACCUGAUGGAGGCAGAGAAAGUGAAGGGCUUCUGCCAGCUGGUGGUGGCAGCCAAACUGAGGGAGGGCAUCUCCCAUCUCAUCCAGUCCUGUGGGCUUGGGGGCAUGAAACACAACACUGUGGUGAUGGGUUGGCCCAAUGGCUGGCGCCAAAGUGAAGACGCUCGUGCCUGGAAGACUUUCAUUGGUACAGUUCGAGUGACAACAGCUGCCCACCUUGCUCUACUGGUAGCCAAAAAUGUCUCCUUCUUUCCCAGUAAUGUGGAACCAUUUGCUGAAGGCAACAUUGAUGUGUGGUGGAUUGUACAUGAUGGGGGGAUGCUCAUGCUCUUACCAUUCCUCCUUAAACAGCAUAAGGUGUGGCGUAAGUGUGCCAUCCGUAUCUUCACAGUAGCCCAGUUAGAAGACAAUAGUAUCCAGAUGAAAAAGGACCUGGCUACCUUUCUGUAUCACCUCCGAAUUGAGGCAGAGGUAGAAGUGGUAGAGAUGCAUGACAGUGAUAUAUCAGCCUAUACCUAUGAGCGCACUCUGAUGAUGGAGCAAAGAUCUCAGAUGCUACGGCACAUGCGACUCUCCAAAACAGAGCGAGACCGAGAGGCACAGUUGGUUAAAGAUCGGAACUCAAUGCUACGUCUUACAAGCAUUGGCUCUGAUGAAGAUGAGGAAACAGAGACCUAUCAGGAAAAAGUGCACAUGACUUGGACAAAAGACAAGUACAUGGCAUCUCGGGGACAUAAACCCAAGACAUUAGAAGGAUUCCAGGACCUGCUUAACAUGCGACCGGAUCAGUCUAAUGUGAGGCGGAUGCAUACUGCAGUAAAGCUGAAUGAGGUGAUUGUCAACAAGUCCCAUGAAGCAAAGCUGGUAUUGUUGAACAUGCCCGGGCCACCCCGAAACCCUGAAGGUGAUGAGAAUUAUAUGGAGUUCCUGGAGGUGCUUACAGAAGGGCUAGAGCGUGUCCUCCUUGUCCGAGGAGGCGGCAGUGAAGUGAUCACCAUCUACUCCUAACUGCACUCGAUCUGUUCUGCUUGACCUAACCUUCUUCACAGGUUUCAAUUCUCCACAAAAAUCUCAGAUGAUCUGGCACUUUAUUUGCUGCCAUCUCCACUGGACUAGAGGGCUGUUUUCUGUAUAUGUGAUGCUGAACUUUUGCGGAGCUGAGCCUCAAGACCUCCUCUGUCCCUGUGCUUUAGUGCAAAGGGAGUUGGAGUUGCCCUUUCCACUUGACCCCUCAUCCUUCCUCUAAAGAAGCAAGUCAAAUGAGAUGUGUGUAAAAUGCUUUGUGACUAGAAAGCAGUACAUAAAUGUUACUUCCUCAUCGUCAUUGGACCCUAAAAAUUUUGUCAUUGCCCAGUUUCGUGUACAUCAUAAUCAGAAAGGUAAGAGAAGAGGCAGAAAGGAGCCAGGAUUAAAGAGUAAACUUAAAUAGGACAGAAGGCAUAGUAAUUUUGCUUUGGGCAAAACUGAAGCUGCAAGAUGGAUCUCAGAAACCUUUACUCAACUCCUGCAGAAACUUUGAACUCCAGGAUGUUUAUUCCAAGGACGAUGCUCAGAGAAGCAUAACAAUAUUCCAACCAAAAAACCCACAGCCACAAACGUAUGGCAACUCAGUCUCUCUGUAACAAGCCCAUAUGGAAAACUUUUUCUCAGCUCAUCUUCAGUGCGCUUGCCUUCCAAGUACCUCAUUCUAUAUUAUGGUACUACAAAAAAUGAAACAAACCUAUAUACAAAGUCCUUUCUGCAAGAACUUAGAAACCUAUCCCCAAUAGAUGCUGCUCUUUAGUCUGAUCCCAGGUUAAAGCAUGUGUGUACAUUGUAUGUACAUCGAAUGUUUCAAGUUUCCCAAAUUCGGCCCACUCUGUGGGCAAUAUUACACUGGAAAUUACUUUUUUUUAAAGGGAGUGUUGUCUAGGUGAUUUGAAUCAUUGAUGCAAACCUCAGACUGACACAACUAUAGUCCAUGGAUACUUAUAAGUGAGUGACUUGGGCAAAAUAAACAAACUGGAUAGAAAUAAUGAGAAAUUUACUGGGCUUAUUAUCUCAUCUUUCCUCCUACCCUUUCUGUUUAGUAGACACAGUACAGAGCCUCAAGAGCAGACAGGAAGACUGGCUGAUCUGCCCUAAGGAUAAGUAGAUCACUUAAAAUAAGAUAGACCUAUAUUUUAAAGGUGAAUUCAGCAAUGGAUUCUGAAGUUCUGGUGCCAUACCUUAAUUCACAGUGCCAAAAUUGCUGAAUUGCUAAAUUCCCUCCAUACCUCCUCAAGUGACUCAGAAUAUGAAUUGGCAUUGGCCUUGCUUAAGAAAUUCUAGGUUCUGUCAUUGUGUAGCCUGGUUUUUGGAGUUGAGGUAAAGUGGAGAAGUUGAUAGCACUGUGCAGACAAUUUAAGAAUUUAAGGUUUUUGUUUGUUUUUGUUUAAGGGUGGGAGGUGGGGAUGGUCAUUGCCCUUUCCCUCAAUUUCCUACUUUACUCUGAUUGUAAAGAUCUGGCUUUGGACUCAGAGAUCAUUUAAAAGCCUUAUGAUUGCCAAUUUCCUUUGCAUUCUCAGAAUGCUGUGAAGGACUGAACUGAGGGGGUAAUUUACAUUUUUUUUGCCAAUUACCAAGACAUUGCUUCCAGGCAUAGGAAAUCUUCGCCUUAUGUGGCUGUGGCAAUAAUUCCAGACACCCGAAGUUAGCCUGAAAUCUUUCUUUCUGUUACAGAGAUUUAUUUAUAUAUAGGAAUCACUCCGCCUUGCCGAGGCACUUCAUGGACUCAGCUGUUACUUGACUAAACUGAAAAUAGUUAUAAUCUCUCCCUUCUUCACUCAGUGGCAUUGGAAAUGAGCCCUUUCAGAUUCAGAAUGUACAAAAGAUGAUUCAGCUAGCUCCGUGAUCAGAGAAGGCAACCGUUCAGUAUAACUGAAGAAAAUAAUUAGGCACACACAAAUUAGAAUAGUGAAAAACGAGUCAACUUUAACUUCUGUCUUCCUUGGACAGAACAAAGUAUUUAACCAGUCUUAGUUGCAGUUUCUUCCUCCAAGGUGUCAGGGAGGGAGUGAUAGUGAAUGUUGGUAGCUUGUGUAACACCUUCUAUUCCUUGUCUCCCUUUAUCAAUUUCCUUUUUAUGGUGUGAACUGGAGUUCAAUACCAGAAGAAAUUUCCCUCCCUUGCUCUGCCUAAGAGCCUAGACCCUGCAACCUGAUACUCCAAGAUAUCAUUUUAUCUCCUGAUGGGCUUUUUAGUUUCUCUGAGCAGCAGCCCAUCUCCCCUCCCCCCCAUCCCAAAAGGGUGAUGUUUUUAGAGGGCAGGUAGAUAAAGUUAAACAUAAUCUAGACAGAAAAAUGAAAGGUUUUAAAGGGAAUUCUCCCAUAAGUUUGUAGUAAGAAUAUUUUAAAGGGAUGAGGGAACUGGAGGUUACUUGUAUAGUCCCUCUGCCUCCAUCUAUUUAAUUUUUUUUAAUCAUUGUUAAAUGGCAGAGUAUUGUCCCUUGCCCAGAUUCUCACUCCCAUUUCUGUGUGGGUCAUUUGUACAUGUGUGUAUUUUGUCUCGUGUCAACAAAGUGUCUCUCAAUCAUUGCAAAGUAGAGCAAUACUGAAAACUCAAUAAGAGAAUGCACCUUAGGGAAGAGGGCUGUCUGCUUUCACAGAGGUAAGGGAGGGGAAGAACCUUCUACCUUUGGGACAAGAUCAAAUUUGGAGAUUUAGCCAUAAUAUUCCCAGGGAGUGUAGUGUCAAACAUCCUCUUGCUAUUGGUCUAUGCCUUCACUAGCUGGAUUAAAAAUCAUAUUGAGGCCAGUCUUUUAGCAGGGGAGAGAUCACUACUUCAUAUUCAUAUAUGCCUCACAGCUUCCUGAGGCAGCUGGGGACUGCCUCUCCCUAAGGAACCCAUUCCCUACCCUGUGAUAGAUUAAGCACAGUCACCUUCCUCUGUCCCCAAGUUAAAUCAAAUAACAUGACAGGUAGAAAAUGCCCAGGUUCAGUCUGGUAUUAAUAUAAUUUUUUUUUCCAUUUUUUUCUUAUC